ACUGCACAGCUGUUUAUUUUGCUGCAUCAAAAUAUCCGGUCCGGACAGCUCUACACAUUCAUAAUUAGUAAACAGUGCAUUGAACGGCGUAUAUUAUUCUUUAAAGCUCUAAACGCACAUAAAACAACCAGAAUGCAGUUCUCCUGGAUGAAGCUGGCUAUUUACCUGCUAACAUUUCUUACAUAUGCAUACUCGGGAUACGGAUCUAGCACAAUUGUGCAUCUUCGGGAUGCCAUCAUUGCGGCUGAGGCAAUAUUUGGUGACGUUUUCAAAAAUUUCAUCACAGUUGUUCGUAAAUUUCGCACCGUCCAUGAGGUCUUUGAUGCGGCAGUUGAGGAAAACUGUGUAUUUCAGUGCCCAGUGCCGGAUGGCGGGGGCACGGCACCGCGCGCUGUGCAAAAUAAAUUCUACACGCCCGUCCCUGACGGUUGCGGUAGUCUGGGCUUGAGGAUCAGUACAGAGUAUCUGCCCGCCGCGGAAAUGGAGCCAUGCUGCAAUGCACACGACAUUUGCUAUGACACCUGCAAUAGCGAUAAGGAACUCUGCGAUCUGGACUUGAAGCGUUGCCUAUAUAGAUACUGCGAUAGCUAUAAAGAGUCUAUUGCCAGCGAUUUAAUGACCAAAGGAUGCAAAGCGGCCGCCAAAAUGCUAUUUACGGGCACACUAACACUAGGAUGUAGGUCGUUUCUGGACUCCCAGCAGCGUUCAUGCUAUUGUGCGCCUAGUAAACUAACUAAUUUUAAUAGCAACAAGAAUAGCAAAGAAAAACAACAACGCCAAAAGUACGGCUGGAAGGAUCGCAAUGAAAUUUAGCACUGGUUGUGGAAAUGGAAUCUUACGUUAUUUGUUGUCGUUUGUAGAUGUUUCGUGUUAGUUUUUAGUUGCAGUUUUAAUUUUAUUCGCCUGACGAAUUUGCUAAGCUUUAUGCCAAAAAGAGCAUAGGCUCAGUAUUUAUAUAUUAAACAAUAACCAAAAACCAU